AUUCCCAGGAGGGGGGUAAUUCGUCUGCCUCGGUUCUGGGAGCGAUCGCUACGGUUCUCCUGGCGCAAUGUCCGGCCCACUGUCCCGUUGGUUUCGUCCCGGCGGCUGCCGGCUUCGCCAGGGUCCCCAAGCCCUCCACCCCUCCCUUAACUCUCGCUACCAGACUUUGUUUUUGUUUUGUUUUUAUGUGAGUGUCUGGUAGCCACUCGUAGAGGGAGGGGUUAUGUCACGGCUAGUCCGUGACAUGUUUUGUGUGUUGCACUUAUCCGUUUCACCUGGACUCUCAUGGACUAAUUACGCCAACACACCACACCUGUUGUAUGUUUGAUUGUGUUUGUAUUUAUACGCCUUUGUUCAGUCAGCCUGUGCCGGAUGAUUGUCAUUUCUACCCUGUCUGUUCCCCGUGUCACAUUUUGAUGUUCCUGUGUUUUGCUUACCUGUACUCCUCGUGUUUUGUUCCAGUUUUAUUAUUAAAUGUUAUUUAUUUGUCCGAACUCUGCAUUUGUGUCCUCCCUCCACUCCAGCGUCGUGAUACUUAUACACGGGGAGUAAAUGUAUAAAUAUAUAAUCUACAUUGUAGCUGCAUACAGUACAAACUUUACACACACAACAAUACAUGGGAGGAGCUAUGACAUCAGCACAGGUGAGCUAUGGACUUUCAGUAAAACUAAAUUGACGACCAAUAACCUAUAAACCUUUAAACUCUUUAUGUCUUCAAGAAAGAAGAUAUUUGAGACUUUUAACGCCGUACAUGAACACAUCUGAUACUCAUUCACAGCUUUAAAGAGAAGACAAACAAUGGCAGAAUCUUCACCAACAUCACCAAAACCAAGAAGAGAGAGUAUGACUGAACAUUCAUCUCUGUCAUCCUCCAGUGUUUCUCUGUCUGAAGAGCUUCAGUGUUGUAUUUGUCUGGAUGUGUUCAGUGAUCCAGUCAGCACUCCAUGUGGACACAACUUCUGCAGGAUCUGUCUGAAACAGUGCUGGGACAACAGUCAGAUCUACAGCUGUCCAUACUGUAAAGAAACAUUCAGUAAAAGACCAGAGCUCAAGAUCAACACAACACUUAGAGAGGUCGCGCUGAUCUUUAAAGAAAAGUCAAGUCAAGUUAAGUCUGACAAGAUCAAUCUGAGAAGAUCUGAAGUCCUCUGUGACAUCUGUGAUGAAAGAAAAGCCCUGAAGUCCUGCCUAACGUGUCAGACAUCUUACUGUGAAACUCACCUGGAGCCUCACCAGAGAGUCCUGAGCUUAAAGAAACACAAACUGAUGGAUCCUGUGGAGAAUAUAAAGAACUAUAUAUGUGAGAAACAUGAGAGACCUCUGGAGCUCUUCUGUAGAGAUGAUCAGACAUGUGUUUGUGUGUUUUGUACUGAUGGAGAUCACAAGAAUCACAACACUGUUCCUCUAGAGGAGGAGAGUAAAGAGAAGAAGACUCAACUGAUGAAGACACAGACAGACAUUCAGCAGAUGAUCCAGAAGAGAAUCAAGAAGAUUCAAGACAUCAAACAUUCAGCAGAACUCAGAAAAAGAAGCAGAGAGCAGGAGAAAGAAGUGAGUGUUGAGCUCUUCAGUGAUCUGAUCAGAUCCAUUGAGAAAUGUCAGACUGAGCUGCUGGAGAUGAUGGAGAACGAACAGAAAGCAGAAGAGAAACAGGAUGAAGAUCUCAUUAAAGAUCUGGAGCAGGAGAUCACUGAGCUGAAGUGGAGAGACAGUGAGCUGGAGAAGAUCACACACAGUGAAGAUCAUCUUCAUCUCAUACAGAUUGACCCAUCAUCCCUGUACAGAGCUCCAGACAUGAAGAACUGGUCUGAGAUCAGUUUGAAGACUCAUAUGAGUGUGGACACUCUGAGGAGAGCUCUGACUCAACUACAGAAGACUCUCAAUGAGAAACUCAUUCAGACUGUGUUGAUGAAGAUCCAGCAGUAUGCAGUGGAUGUGACUCUGGAUCCUGAUACAGCAAAUCCAUAUCUCAUCCUCUCUGAAGAUAGAAAACAAGUGAAACAUGGAGACAUUAGACAUGAACACCCAGAUAAUCCACAGAGAUUUGAUAAGUUUGCCUGUGUCCUGGGAAAAGAGGGAUUCAACUCAGGGAGAUUUUAUUUUGAGGUUCAGGUGAAGGACAAAACUAAAUGGACUUUAGGAGUGGCCAGAGAAUCUAUUAACAGAAAGGGAUUCAUUGCAGCGUCUCUCCAGGAUGGAUUCUGGACUGUGGGUCUGUGGAAUGAGAAUGAAUAUGAAGCUCUUACUGAUCCUGAUGUCUCUCUGUGUGUGAAAGUGAAACCACAGAAGGUCGGGGUGUUUGUGGAUUAUGAGGAGGGUUUGGUUUGUUUUUAUGAUGUAGACUCCAGGUCUCAUAUCUACUCUUUCACUGCUCAAACUUUCACUGAGAAACUCUUUCCAUUAUUCAGUCCAGGUCUUAAUGAUAAAGGUAAAAAUUCAGCUCCUCUGAUCAUCUCACCUGUUCAUUACAACAAAUAAAUUCACAUCCAGAAUAUAAAAUACUUAAUUAAAGGUUUCUAAAAACUAAGAAUAAGAAAACAAUAAAUUAGCAUUUCAUUUUUUUUAU